AUGCCAUUCUGCUUUACGACUGUAGCUGCCGGUCCAUCAGGAGUGCAGAAUAAUACUAUUGAAGUGAAGGCCUCUGACUUUGAUGUCCUGGCAGCGCUCAGUCACGAUAUAGCCAACUCAAAGACAAGUGGCAGCACCACUGGUUCCCGCUCUGAGGCUCCCUCUACUCCAAGCAGAGUUCCAGCUUCUCCCGCUAUCCCUGUACCGAUUCCCGGCUCUACUUCUUGCUCACCAGGUCACGGAGGCGGUGGAUCACCUCCUGGUGAAUAUGGACGUGUAAUCCCAGCAAAUCCAUUGGGCGAUCUAGCCACUAUUGGGUCCGAUGCAAAGAAGACAACUACACCGCCAUUACUACCACCGCAAUUGCUACAGUUUCUCUAUCUCCAUAUACCUGUUUUUCAUUUGCACACAUUACUACAUGGGAUGAGUUAA